ACUAUGAAAAAAGACUUAUCUUCAUAAUACUCCAGUAUUCCAUUGGAUCUGUGAUCUCAUCGAUGUGGGUAUUCCCUCCAACAGUGCAGAUUGCAGCCCUGCCUGCCCAUCCUGUGCAACUCUUGUUCAUGUCUUUCUAGCCUGAAACUGUGUGAGGGCAGUGAGCACAGACGGCAAUGACAAGUCUGAAUAGUAGCCAUGCAGAGAAAACUAAUGAUAUGCCAAAACCAUCAUCAGCCCCCAAAGUACAGGUCCAAAGAUCACUUUCACGAGAUACCAUCACCAUUCACUUCUCAGCAUCUGGGAAGGAAGAAAAAGAGGAGGAGGAGGAUUUCAGGGAACCUCCUGAUGAAGAGUUUGACGACCAAAGCAUUGUAACUGCUCUUGAAGCCAAGGAAGACUUGUUCUUUGAACGGGGGCACCAUGACUUUGCUGGCCCUGCUACCUCACCUGUCAUGGCAGUUGUACAGUCUGUGUCCUCCCCUUCUCCUGUUUUGCCCGUCGCUGAGAGUGCUCUAAAAUCAUUGGAAUCCUCUCUGUCCCCAGCAUCUUCUCUAUCAGGCCUCAUAGUGAGCUCACCCAGUGUGUCAUCUCUAUCAGAGCAGAAAACCAGUUCCUCCUCUCCAUUGUCCUCUCCUUCCAAGUCUCCUGUUCUGUCAUCCAGUGCCUCUUCCUCCACCCUUUCUAGUGCAAAACCCUUCAUGAGCCUUGUCAAGUCCCUCUCGACAGAGGUGGAGCCAAAAGAAUCCCCACACCCCCCCAGGCACCGGCACUUGAUGAAAACUCUAGUCAAGUCUCUGUCCACAGAUACUUCCAAGCAGGAACUGGACACUCUCUCCUAUAAGCCACCUGACUCCAAACUGAAUUUACACCUCUUCAAGCAGUUUACUCAGCCACGAAACACAGGGGGAGAUUCCAAGACGGCUCCUUCUUCCCCACUGACUUCUCCCUCGGAUACUAGAUCCUUUUUUAAAGUGCCCGAAAUGGAAGCUAAAAUUGAAGAUACUAAACGGCGCCUUUCUGAAGUCAUCUAUGAGCCUUUUCAGCUCCUUAGCAAAAUUAUUGGGGAGGAAAGUAGUAGCCACAGGCCCAAAGCCUUAUCUUCAAGUGCUUCAGAGCUCUCCAAUCUUUCCAGCUUGAAUGGCCCCUUGGAAAGCAAUAACAACUACAGCAUCAAAGAAGAGGAAUGUGACUGGGAGGGUGACUGUGAUGGAAGUGACUCCAAUGUUAGUAGGAGUGAGUUCCCUAAGCCCGCUGAAGAAUUGGUAAAGGAGGUGGAACUACAGGGCUCUCAAGUCAGCAGUGUCAAGGAUGCAAGUGCAAAGACUGCCUCAUCGGUACUUGAAAAAUGUUCUUUGUCAGCCUUAGUCAGCAAAGAAGACGAAGAGUUUUGUGAGCUGUAUGCUGAGGACUUUGACCUGGAUGCUGAAGAAGAAAAUAAAAUUGAUAAGCCCCUAGACAUUUCUCUCAAGCCAGGGAUGCUUGAGGAAAAUAAUACCGUACUUGACAGUGAACAUGAAAUGAAUUUGUACAUGCAGCAGCCUAAACUACCAACGAAGACACUAUACUUCCUUAUUUUGUUAGUCUAUGCGUACCUUAUACUCCCUCUUCCCAGUUAUGUGAGUGGACUCUGCUUGGGAUUUGGUCUCGGAUUUAUGAUUGCGGUCUGUGUGAUUUGGUUUUUUACACCGUCAAGUGCUCAUAAAUAUCACAGGCUACAUACAAGCCUAAAACACUGGAAUACAGAAUCUCUGGAUAUCAAAGAACCGGAAAUUCUGAAGGGAUGGAUGAAUGAGAUCUACAACUAUGAUCCAGAGACGUACCAUGCAACUUUGACACAUUCAGUCUUUGUUCGACUUGAAGGGGAAACCUUGAGGCUUUCAAAGCCCAAUAAAAAUAUAUCCAGAAGAGCCAGCUACAAUGAGACCAAACCUGAAGUCACUUACGUCAGCCAGAAAAUCUACAAUCUUUCAGACAGUAAGAUUUAUCUUGUUCCCAAGAGUUUGGCUCGAAAACGCAUUUGGAAUAAAAAGUACCCUAUUUGUAUUGAACUUGCUAGACAAGAUGACUUUAUGACCAAGGCUCAGCCUGAUAAAGAUAUUUCAGAAGAAAAGACUUCAUGUGAGAAAGACUCAGGUAGUGAAGAACAUAGGAAGUCAACCCAUUCUUCAGAUGGAACAAAAUCCACAGGCCAGAAGGAUCAGAUACUGUAUCUCUUUGGGAGGACUGGCCGAGAAAAAGAAGAAUGGUUCAGGAGAUUUCUCUUGGCAUCCAAGUUGAAGUCUGACAUCAAGAAACCGUUUAGUGUCUGUGGCAACCCACCAGGGUUCUUGCCUACACAUAGCAGACACAAUAGCCAGUCUAGCAACCUAACCCACAGUCGCAGCAGCAGCAAAGGCAGCGUGGAAGAAUUUGUGUCUCAGCCUAAGCAGAAGGAUCUAGCAGGCAGUGUGCGACAGAAGGUGCUCCUACACUAUGAGGUAUAUAUGGCCAGGUGUGUCCCGAGAGAAAUACCAAGUCCCCAGAGGAGCCCAGUACAGAGCGCAGAAAGUAGUCCUACGGCUGUCAAAAAGUUGCCACCAGAGACCCAGCCCCAGGAAGAAGAAGAACAGGAAGCCUGGGUCAACGCCUUGCUCGGAAGAAUAUUUUGGGACUUUCUAGGAGAGAAAUAUUGGUCUCACUUUGUGUCAAAGAAAAUCCAAAUGAAACUCAGUAAAAUAAAGCUCCCAUACUUUAUGAAUGAGCUAACGCUGACGGAACUUGACAUGGGGGUAGCUGUGCCAAAAAUCCUUCAGGCCUUCAAACCGUAUGUUGAUCACCAAGGACUCUGGAUUGAUUUGGAAAUGUCCUACAAUGGGCCCUUUCUGAUGACGCUUGAGACCAAAAUGAAUUUGACAAAACUGGGUAAAGAGCCUCUUGUUGAAGCCUUCAGAGUUGGAGAAAUUGGCAAAGAAGGUUUCAGGCCAAGGGCAUAUUGCCUUGCUGACAGUGAUGAGGAGUCCUCCAGUGCUGGCUCCUCUGAUGAGGAUGAUGCUUCAGAAAUGGUUGGUGGAGACAAGCAGCUCACUCCAGGGACUGAAGGGUAUGUUGGAGGAUACCGGACAAGUAAGAUUAUGAGGUUUGUGGACAAAAUCACCAAGUCAAAAUAUUUCCAAAAAGCAACUGAGACAGAGUUUAUUAAAAAGAAGAUUGAGGAAGUCUCGAAUACUCCACUGCUUCUGACUGUUGAAAUACAAGAGUGUAAAGGAACCUUAGCAGUUAACAUUCCACCUCCUCCAACUGACCGAAUAUGGUAUGGCUUCCGAAAGCCACCACAUGUGGAACUGAAGGCUCGGCCAAAACUUGGUGAGAGAGAAGUGACUAUAGUUCAUGUAACUGACUGGAUAGAGAAGAAACUGGAACAAGAGUUUCAGAAAAUUUUUGUCAUGCCAAACAUGGAUGAUGUUUAUAUCCCAAUAAUGCACUCGGCCAUGGAUCCCCGAUCAGCUUCCUGUCUGCUCCAAGAUCCGCCCGUGGAAGCCGCUGCUGAUCAGCUGUGACGUGUCAAGACCCGCGGUUUACAGUAUUAUGAGAUUAUUCAUUAAGGUUUUUGGUUCUUUGAGCUGUGUUGUAGUUGUGCCCUUCACUUGUGCCAGAGAUUCCCCCCAAAGGCCUGCUUCUGCCAUGUCUCUGCCUGCCUGUUCCCAUUCCACUGUGAGGCAUCUCUCCCUGGGUCAGCUGUGAAGGUUUGCCUUGGGCAGAGGAUGAAAGAGCUGUCCCACCCAUCCAGAAGUUUUAAGCACACAACAGAUAGUCGGACCUGUUGCCUCCCUGGACUACAAAAAAUGCCUUGGCAACAGAGGGACAGAGAGCAAGCAAGAAGGGGGCGAGCCUCGGAAAGCGAAGACACCCUCUCUCCUCAACUCCCCAGCACCGGUCCGCAGGCAGCCUCGGUACAAAGCAACUGUGUGGGUUGUGUGGGACAGUCGGGGAGGCACUGCUUGGGGCGAGGGUUGUUCUGCGACCGAUUUUAUUGGCAGUAAGGAGAUAGGCCUAGCAACUUUUUUUCACAUUAAAUUGCGCAUCUUUGGAAGCAAGUAGCCAUAAAAUAUGUACACACACUAACACACUCUCAGCCAGGGUGGGGAUGUUGGGCUUCUGUGAAACAGGCAAAGCCAUGAGAUCAAACCAUACCAAGCCUUUUACCAGUGAGGUACAAUCACAGUGCUUUGUAACUUCUCUGAAUGUUUUUUGAAACAUGAGCACACAUGAAAAUGUCUAACAUUGCACCCAGUGACCAGAAAGAUCGAAUUUUUCUGCUUGUAGAAAGAGAAUCUUGAUACCAUGGUGGGUGGGAUGACCUUUGUACUUUACAGGCUUCCCAUCCAGUGUUUACUGUGUUAUACCUGGAAGUUUUAUAUAGGAAUUAAAAUGCUUACUAAAGUUCAUUGUAAACUGGUUUUAGGAACAGUUUCUUUUUCUAAAUAAUGGCCAAAAUGGAAAGAAAACUGCUCCUGGAUUCUUAUCCAGUCGUGAGAUUUAAAACCAAAAGUUUGCAUAUCGGAACACUACAUAGCUGAGAAUAAGCAUUUGUGACAUCUCUUUAAUGUUGCCAAAUUUUAUUUUGUGUAUUUGUGUCAGAAAGUUAAUUUAGUUUCAAAAAGUCAAUCUUAUUUUUUACAUUGUGUUCAAAGCAGCAUUUGACCCAAAUCAAAAUUACUUUGUGUAACUUUGGAUAAUUUACUAUAUACAUACCUAACAUAACUAAGCUAAUAGUGGAGGGUUUAAAAAGGAAAAAAGAAAAAAAAAUGUGCACCUUGCCUGAAUGUGAUUUAAAGAGAGCAUUUAAUAUAUUGAAGAAAAUUAUAUUUGAACACUUAUUUUGGUUACUUUUAAUUGCAUUCUAUCUGACUAAAUUCCUAUUCCUUGACCAUUCCAGUUUGUGUCCGGUUCUAAUUUCUCAUUAUGUAGGCUUAGCUGCCUUUCAUAAAGUCCGCAUGUCUUAUUCACUGGUCUUUAUGAUUUGAUUUUUGUGCAAUAACUAAAAAUAAAAGGACGAGGUGCAUUACUGUGUAGAGAUUACACAUGACUGUCUCCUAUUGCACUUAAUCAGAAGUAUGUGGGGAAUUACAAUCACUUGCAUUGUCUCACAAAAUAAAUAUCUCAUGUCUAAUACCUGA